AUGAUUAGAGAAUAGUGCAAAGCAAAAUCAAUUGAAUUGAAUAUUAUUGUAGAAAAAGCGCAAUUCAAAGAAUAUAAAGGGUACGUAUGCAUCAUUUUUAAUGUGAAUUCAUUUCUUAAAUAGUUUAGUUUUAAGGAGAGUGGAGCAGACUCAAAUCAAGACUAAAUAGUGGAGAAUGAUUAAUUUAUUAUGAUAGUUGAUGAUGACCCAUUCAAUCAUGAUAAAUUGGUUAUGAUUUUUAUGAGAAUUGGAUAUAUAUAGUUUCAUUAAUGCUUAUGA